AUGUCCCAGGCAGCAGCGCUCGUACCCCCUGAACCCGUGUCAAAGCGGCGUCAACAACGCGCCACCAACCGACGCAUCAACACAGCGGCAACUGAAGCCGAUGCUGCUCUACGGGCUCACAUUGAGGUUGUGGCUACCGAGAUGGGCGUCCCAAAAGACGACGUCUUCCAACGCUUCACCUUGAUCUCCCCAGUUGGAGAACAGCGCUCGCCUAUGUGGUGGAACGGCUUGAUAGCCGAGAAAUCCUCCGAAUGGAAGCAAGAAUACGUUGGACCGGGUCGACAGUACCUCUCUUGGGUGGCCCAACAGAUUCGUGAGAAGGGACUUGCCCACGAUCUUACCGACGAAGAAAAGACUCGAUAUGCAGAGCUAGCUGCAAAGACACGAGCUAAAAACAAGGAUUCGAAAACCACCGGUCUCACUCGGAAACAGGCAGUAACAUCAGCACAAGAUGACCUUGUGCGGAUACAUAAUCAGCUUGAAACUCUGCAUAAUAAACUCGGACUUCAAUAUAUGCUUGUCACGACACGCGGAAAGCUUGAGGACGACAUGGCUCCCCUAUAUGCUAGCUCCGACAAGGUCGACACCUUCCUACAAGGCCAUAUGAAUAUGCCGAUGAAAGACCUUUUGACGCACCUGGAUUUCUAUGUUAUCGGCAAGGAAGCCACCGGAGUCACCAAGAUUCAGGGCAAAAAACAGGCACUUCGUAGCAGCGUUCGUACGAGAUUAAAAAAUUCUCUUUCCAACACACUUGAGAAGAUCGGAAUCAACCCUUCAACUAUUAGUUGUGUCAAGUACGCAAAUUAUGACAAAAUGGUAUAUGACUACCGUAUUGUCCUUGUCGGCUAUCCUGUUACCUCGAAUGGGCGACAGAUGGUCCGGCCCAGCGAUUUCCCCGGGGGUAUAAAGGGGCUGAUGCAUGCUGAUAACAAGCUUGCGUCCGAAGUUUGGCGCUUCGAGGAGCUGCCUGCUGACUCGCACAACGAAUGGAAGCUGAAGUACGACAAGGCCAUGGCUUACGAUACCGAAAUCCCCCCCGCACCAUACAUUCCGGUCCCUGGUAGCGAAUUCAAGAAAGGAUCGGUAGACCCUCCAACUACGGAGGAUUCUGGGGUCUCUCGCAAUGACUCUUGCAAGCGCAAGGCUCCCAAAGCCGAAAUGGUGGCCAAGGCUAAGAGGAAGAACGGGAAGGUCAAAUCCCGUGAAAUUAUCCAUGAUUCUGAGUCCGAAGCGGCGUCUGAACCACCUGAAGAUGAUUCGGACGGUGAACGCUCGUCAACAACAGAUUCGGAUGGUGAGGACGACUAG